AUGCAAAAGGUCAAGGUGGCAGAUCAUCGGAGACAUGGGAAGAGGGGCCUUCCGCCCGAUCAUCAAUCGGAAUCACAAUCACAAUCACAACUAGAUGAUGAUGAUAUCGAUAAUAUUGAUGAUGAACAACAGCAGAUAUUUCCAGUUUACUCCCCUCGAUCUCAGCAGGACAUGUCUGCCAUCGUCUCUGCUCUUUCUCAGGUCAUCGGAACCACCGAUGUCCCCUUGAUCUCCACUUCUGCUCCUACGGCAAACCAACCACCACCCAUUCAAGAUCACCCAGGGAACCAAAGGAGGAGACACUAUAGAGGAGUCAGGCAAAGACCUUGGGGGAAAUGGGCUGCGGAAAUACGCGAUCCACAAAAGGCGGCAAGGGUGUGGCUUGGCACGUUCGAGACAGCCGAGGCAGCGGCACUUGCCUACGACGAGGCGGCUCUUCGGUUUAAAGGAACCAAAGCGAAGCUCAAUUUCCCCGAGCGAGUUCAAGGGAGGACCGAGUUAGGUUAUUUCAUCACUCGUCCGCAAUUACAAAUCCCCGUGCCGCCUACUAAUUUUCUACCAAAUUCUCAGCUGCCCGCAGCUCAUCAUCUACUUCGGCCACCGACUCAGAGCACGUACCCUAAUCUUCUCGAUUACACUCAGUUUCUUCGUGGUGCUAACGAGCACGGUAUGCCUACGAAUGUUUUGAACUGUACGACUUCAUCGUCUUCGAUGGAUAUGGGAAGUUCAUCAAGUGCUGGACCUUCACAAUUCUGGCAAGAUUUUGAUCCAACAAAUCAAUCAAGAGAUCAGUAG